AUGGGCAUCCGGCCAAGUAAAACUCAAGGCCAACGUAAGUCAUCAGUUGAGACGCCUAAAGUUGUCAUCACUUCUUCAGAUCGAGCUCAGUUGGAAUUAAAGUUGCAACGUGACAGGCUUAUGGCUGCGAUCAAAAGGUAUGAAGUUGUUGCUCAAGAGGAGCGUAGCAAGGCUAGUGAUUUUUUGCGUUCUGGCAAUCGUCGUAAGGCAUUGUAUUGUCUCAAACGGGAAAGGAUUCAGCGUUCACAGGUCAACAGCGUUAAUGACAUGCUGGAUAAUGUGCAGAGGCUGCUUGAUACAGUUGAAUUUAACCAGAUUGAGGUAGAGGUAUUUAAUGCACUAAAAGGGGGCAAGGACGAGCUUUCAAAGCUGAACUCAAUGUUGAACGUGGAUGACGUUGCCCAGCUAAUGGAUGAUGUUGAAGAAACAGUAGAAGAGGCCCGGCGCAUCAAUGAUAUUUUGGCACAGCCGCUUGAUGGAUAUGUUGGUGAUGACGAUGCCCUUCUUGCCGAACUACUCCCUCAAGUCUCAACUGAGAUUCCUGGUGCGGAAACUGCAGUGGAGGAGGUUACUGUUCCAACACAUGCGCUUCCGAACCCCAUUGAACCUGAGGGCCGUAUCAUCGAUGGGGGUUUGGGAAAAGUAGGGUUGUCAGCUUAG